AUGAGUGACGACCCAGGCGAAAAGAAGAAAAAGAAGAAGGACAAAGUGAAGAGCUUUGUCAAGAUCCCCGAUGUCUUCAUAUCCUCGUCCAAGACCAAGAAGAGCAAGGCUGCAAAGGCAGCCCUCGUCGAGGAAAGCACCGAGACAUCAGCAGAUACAGAGGAUGCCGCCUCCAAAGAGACGGACAAGCUAUUGGCCCAGACCAAGAGUCUGCAAAAGAAAGCUGCCAAAUCGGAACAGAAGCAACGGGAUAUUGAGCAAGAUAUUAUACCUGACUCGUCUGAAGCCUUCUCCCUCGUCCCAAAUACAUUUCUAUCGGAGUCCUUGAAAGCCUUGCCUCCCAAAACAAAAACAACAAUACCAGAGGCAACAUCACCAAAGCCGGCAGAUGCACCCAAAAAGGUAGCCUCUACGACAAAGACAAAACCCAAAAAGGUAGCGUCCACCAAAGCAGCAGCAGCACCCAAGUCGCCCAAAAAACAAACCAAGCCAAAGGCAACAUUCCCCAAGAUGCAACCAAGGACAGCUCAACCAGAAGUAGCAGCCACCACCAAAAACCCUGCCACUGCCACUAAAAAGCAACCAGCCACCAAACCAGCUCCAGCUGCCAAACUUGUCACCAAACCAACCCCCAAACCUGCAACAAAACCAGCUCCAGCUACCAAAGCUGCAGCAAAACCAACUCCAGCUGCCAAAACCAGUAGUUCCACGGUGGCUCCCAAAAAGAGCCACAUUGCUCUUUCUCCAACCGGCGGCCCCAAACGAAGGAGUGGUGGCACUCCAGCACCAGCAUCCAUUCCCAGGCCUCCCAUUGUCAAACGAGACACUACCGAGAUGAGUUUGGGCCUAGACCAACUGCAACAGAGAGACUCCUUGGAUUUAAACGACGACAACAGUCUCCACCAGUACUAUACUGGAAAUCUCUCGGUACAAUUGCUACGGGAACUGGAAAUGAUUACACUCGAACGACACGAUGAAACCUUUGCCACAUUCUACGAAGCCGAUGGCAAGGCCACACAGACACUCACAUUUGGUGACUUGUGGGACAAGUCAGGAGUCGUCUCGUACCAUUUACGAGUGACUUGGAAGCUGCAAAAGGGACAAACCGUGGCAUUGGUGCUGGAUUAUGGCUUGACGUACAUGGCCACGUGGUUGGGAUGUUUGCGGGCCGGGGUCGUACCCAUUAUCGUGGCAUCUCCCAUUCCUCCCAACUUUGAAAUGGCAUUGACCAAACUCAAUGUCAUUAUGCACGCUGUCGCUCCCGUGGCCAUGAUUUUGACCGAUUCCGUCGUCAAGUUCUGGAAAAAGGAAGAUGAAAACGAUCGCACGUCGUCCACGCGGAAAAUGUGGCCCGAACAAGCACCUUGGAAAGCAGUCGACAAGUUGCCCAAGCCCAAACCAAACAACAAGGGCUCUUCCGGGUCGCUCAUGGCGAGUUUGAGUAGUUUGGCCGGCUCCUUCUCGUCGUUGGCGGGGUCACAGCAUGGGACGUCCACCAGAAAGGGAGCCUCACCGUCGCAACUCGAUUUGAGUAAACAGAAUCGAAUAAGUGAUCUCGGCAGCAGCAGCAAGAAGCGAUCUAGUGGAACGCCUCGUCAGUCCUUCUUGAAAAGAAUGUUUAGUCCACGAAGAGACGAUGACGACGAUUACUUGGACGAUGACGAGGAGCCGGAACUGCGAUUCUCUUUCUUUGGCAACCCUAUUGGCAAGCGGGAUUCGGGUGCUGCGGCGCCACUUCCAAGGCAGUCUUUCCGGGCGUCUCUCUUUGGGCAAGGGGAAAAGGAACCAUUGCUGGCAGGGACAGCGUUUGACGAAAAGUCACUCAAAGCCAGCGAUGUGUGCUGCCUGCAGGCAACGUCUGGGAGUACCGCAGAUCCAAAGGUUGUCGUUGUCACCUUUCAGGCACUCUACGAUUGUCUCAAAAUGACACGGCGAGCGCUCCCAGAAGUAUUCGGGAAGCACAGCUCCUUGGCAGGUCUCACGUGGGUGCCGCCAGAUCAUCACUUGGGCCUCUUCCUUGCCAUGGUAUGCCCUCUUCUCAACGGCUGUCCCAUGCAUUACAUGUCUUCUGGCAACUACGAAGAGUCCCCCUUGCAAUGGCUAACGCUCCUCAGUACAUACAGAAUAGGUUGGACACUAGCACCCGACAAUGGCUAUCGAUGGGUUAUUCGAGAGUUCAUGCAAACUCUGAAUGCCUCAACCACAAUCAUGACGAGCUUGAAUCUCUCAUCGCUCAAGGUGCUGCUGAACAUUGGCGAGUCGCCGCGAUUUGGUACCCCGGACAAGUUUCGCAAGUGUUUUGUACCUUACAACCUUCCCAGAGAUUGCUCCAUUAAAACGGGCUAUGGUUUGGCAGAGCAUGUGUUACCAGUAUCAUGGAUAGAACAAGAUGUCUUUGCAGUGCCAUCUUGCAACAACUUUGCGUUGACCAAACGUGUGGCAGUCGCCAAUAGAAAUGCAUUGGAAAAGGACAAUAUCGCGAUAGUAGUCAUUGAUUCAAGAAACAACCAACCGGUCUCCAAAGGUCAAUUGGGGGAAAUCUGGAUUUGGAGUCCUUAUUUGGCGCACCUGCCAGGAUACUUUCGAAACAAAAAGCUCACCAAAAAGAACUUUCAAGCCAAGAUCAAGGGUAAGGGGUCGAAGACGAUGUACCUUCGAACUGGGGAUGUUGGCUUGUUCAAGGAUGACCAUUUGUACAUAUGUUGUCGAAAGGAGGACGUGUUAGCAAAUAGUCAAGGCAUUAAAUUUUGUCCUCCAGACAUUGAAUGGUUCGCGGAAGAUUGCAGACCGGAGAUCAGGAGAGGGAGGGUUGCUGCGAUGGCAUCCGUGGCGGGCACGGUCGAGAUUGCAUUGGAAGUUUACGAGUCAACCAAAUCGGCUUACACGCGGCAACUAUGCCGUAUUCUCUCCGAACGGAUACCAAAGUUCACUCGCAUGGAAGUGUCGAGUGUAGUCGCGGUUCCACAAGGAACGCUUCCAAUAACACCGAUUAGUACAGUGCAACGACGACAUGCGAAGGGCUGCUUGCUGAAAGAAGAAAUGCCCAUGCUCUUCGACUUUCCCGAGCGCAAGGAUCGGAUUUCGCUGGAUCGGAACGCCGAAUUACCCCCAACCAUGGAUUCGUUCAGUCACAAUGAUGAAGACGAUCAGUCAGAACGCUCGGAGGCAGAUACCCCAAAAGCAGAAUCGCAGGAUACGACUAUGCAAAAGACUGACCAGACACCCGGAACGAGUACACCUGAACGACCCGAAGAACCCAAAAGUGUCCCCUCUCCUGGAAGUCCUGCGGAUAAAAAGAAACCGGCUGAGGUUGCAAAAAGUACGAAAGAGCGCCCGGUGACGAAGGCAGAAGCAGAGCCAAUGAAGAAAUCACCAGGUACCGGUACACAAGAUCCGACAUCGUUUGCUGCCGCAACCAAGGAGACCCAAAAACAGAAAGCAGGCGUAGCAACCAAGCAGGCUCCGAAGCAAGAAGCUGAUCCACCACCAGCGGUUAAGCCUUCGCUCUCGGCAAAAUCUGGCAUUGCGGCGCCAAAGUCGAAGCCAACCUCGACUGCACCAAACGAGUCCGAGGGACAACCAACGCCUACAGGGGCAGCGAAGAGUUCGUUUGCAUCUUUGGCCGGCAAGUUCGGAGGGACUACUGCUAGAAGGCCAACAAAGCCAGAGAUUGCUCCUCCACCCAAGGAGGAGGACCAGCCGCUAGUUUCUGCAUCUGCUGCAAAAAGCUCUUUUGAUUCCCUGGCUGACAAAUUUGGGGGGAAGACUACUAGGGGAUCAACAAAGCCAUCUGUUGCUUCAGUCAAGGAGACAGAGGUGCAACCGGCAACUUCUACAGGGGCAGCAAAGAGUUCGUUUGCAUCUUUAGCCGAUAAGUUCGGAGGAGCUACCACUCGAAGAUCAACAAAGCCAGAUAUUGCUCCACCACUCAAAGAAACAGAUUCUGCAUCUGCUGAUAAGAGCUCUUUUGAUUCCCUGGCUGACAAAUUUGGGGGGAAGACUACUAGUAGGGGAUCAACAAAGCCAGCUGCUCCACCCAAGGAUUCAGAGGAAAAACAAACAGAUUCUGCAUCUGCUGAUAAGAGCUCAUUUGAUUCGCUGGCAGACAAAUUUGGAGGGAAGACUACUACAAGACCAACAAAGCCAGCUGUACCAUCCAAGGAUUCAGAAGGACCACCGGCCGCUUCAGCAACUACAGCGGUACCAAAAGCCAGUGCCGCGGUCGCGGGCCAAUCGCCGACGGUCGAAGUGGCUGAUGGUGCGUCUGCCGUUCCUCAUAGCGAAGGUAAAACAAAGAAAAGUACAGGGACUGCUGUCGAUGCGCCUUUGGAAGGCACCGUGGUGCCUGAAGACGAAGCCACACGUGGUGUCAAGGCAAGGUUGGCCCGAGACGAGCAAUUAGAUGCACAGGGGGGGCCAAGAACGACAGCAAGUGGGACAGCAAUUGCCGCUGACGGGGACAGUGGCAAAGCUGAUGCCUCCAUACCAGCAGUUGUUCAGGAUGCGCUAAGUGGCAAAGCUGAUGCAGCCGAACCAGCAGAAACUCAGCAUGAGGCAAAUGACAAUGAUGAUGCAGCCAAACCAGCAGAAACUCACAAGGAGCCAAGUGACAAAGCUGCUUCAACUGAAGAACCAGCAGAAACUCAUGAUAAGCCAAGUAGUCAGAAAGCUGAGCCAGCCGAACCAGUAGAAACUCACGAUGAACAAAGUGACAAAGCUGCAGCAACCAAAUCGGCAGAACUUCAUGAAGAACCUAGUAGUGAAAGUCCGUUGGAAAGCAACGAAACUGGCCCUGUAAAUUCCAUUGAUGAUGCACUGGGUGAACUGGGUGAUGUUGUCACAGACGUUCCAGCUGAAAAAGUUAUGUCGGAAAGUGGUCUAAUCUACCCCGCAGCUGCUCAGAUUUCUGCAGCCGAUACGAGUGGAGAUUCUAUAAACAGCGUGAUAGGGGACAUGGUUUCUUUAGGAGCGGCCGAGGAGAGCGCUUCUGACAAGAGCGAAGAGAAGCCAAUUUCUGGUGAUGUCCUCGAUGGCGAUGACGCGGGGGGAGCUGCUGAGGAAAUUGAUGAGGCCGAGGUUGACGAAAAGAGCACUCGCAGCAAGGAGGACGCACCCGCGACAGAGAUAGCGGGGCUAACCGAGACUGAAAGAGAUGGACCCCACACCACAGAUGCUGAUGCUGUUAACGAUAGUGCUUCUGGUCUUGAUGACGGAUCCAAUGCAGUUGGUGAAAAGCGACGACCUCAAUUGAAAGGGGCAGUUCGGGCGUCCUACGUGCCCGUGGGAAGUCCGGAGACGGCGGAACCGCUAGUGAUGACAUUUGGUCCUACCGUAGAGGAAACUGUUGGGUCUUUAGACGAGAAGCAACUUGACGAGGUGAUAUCGCGGUACCUGGGACCAGAUUUCGACAAUGAACUCUCUUGGGAAGAGUCUGGGUUAUCUUCUGCAGCAUCCGUCCCGUUGCGCAGAGAACUCGAACGCGAGUUUCUUACCACGCUGCCGCCUGACUAUCUGGAUCGGCAUCCCACACCUGCAGACUUGAAAGGUCACAUUCGGGACACCAUCGGCGGACCAAUCGACACCAACAAGCCACCCUUGGAGACGCAAAAGAGCCAUCAACUGUCAUGGUGCACCAUUGGUUUGCUCCAGGCCUUUUUGAUUGUGAUCAUGUUCAUUCUAUUCUCUGCACCGCUUGUACCAUGUUGGUUGGUCUUUGAACAACUCCAGGCAAUGAACAAACCCGCGCUGUACAUGCUGUUUGUACCCCUUUACCUGGGAAGCUUUUCUGUGAUAGUGAUUGUGGCCAAGUGGCUAGUGAUUUGCCGUUACAGGGAAUGCUUGAUUGUGACGCCAUCGUUCGCCUAUCUUCGAUUUUGGUUUGUUGAUCGCUUGGUUGCAGUAUGGGAGUGUUGGGUUGGUCGAUUUAUCCUUGACACACCCCUGAUUUGGUUAUUCUACACAUUCAUGGGAGCCAGGCUCAGUCCUUCUUGCCAGCUGGCUGGCUUUAUCAGGGAAUUUGAUUUGGUUUCGAUUGGCGCGAACAGUUCCUUGAAAUACCCUUGCCUGAAAUGUCGAAAGUUCAUUGACUGGGACGAACCGAACAUUGGCCCGACGAUGGCAUUCCGCAGGAUUUCCAUCGGCGACCAUUGCACUGUUCGUGGUAUGCUUUCCCCUGGUGUCCAAAUGGACGACGGCUCCAUUGUUCAGAAUCUCUGCGUUGUACCAGAAGGAGCCGUUCUUCCAGGAGAAUCCUUGAUCACCGGAAACCCUGCUUAUGUUGCUGACGAGGUCGAUCCUCGGAAGUACCCGUGCUGGAUUCUAGUGGGCGUAAUCAAGAUGAUUUGGAUUGUGCUGGAACUGGGAUUUCUCUACGGCAUCUGGGAAGGGGCCAUGUUCUUAAACCCACCCCCAGAGACAUCAGAAGGCUUCGACUUUGCUUAUUGGGCCAUUUUUGCCGCCACCUGUAUCUUGAUAUCUCUCUUGAGCAGUAUUGUCCUGAAGAUUCUUUUCAUCGGGAGCCGUCGUCCAGGGAAGCAAAACGAAUGUUGGUGUUAUUAUCCAUUUGAAUGGGCCUGUGACUACCAUUUCAACUUGGUCACACUGCCAUAUCGAGCUUUUGCUCGCAACUCCCGAUUCAGCAACGUUGUCCUAAUGCUACACGGCUGCAGCAUCGACUGGGCUUCAAAAAUCGAACUGGAUUCCUUCCCUCCUUCGAAAAUGGAUCUUAUCCGUGUUCGCAGAUCCAUGCUGGGAACAGUGACCCUUUCCGUGAAGAGUGACGGGGUGUACUACAGGACUAACAUCGAGGAUUCUUCAAUUGGUCAUUUUUCUCACGUGGAUACCGACGUAUUGCUGAUGAAGGCAUUGGUACCUCCUCUCACAUUCGUGGAUGAAUCAGUGGUUCACCACAGACUGGAUCCCAUGCGGGCAAUGGGAGACUCAUGCUGGCUUUACAUUCAUGAAGUCUAUACUUUUCUGCUGGAUAUACUCCUGUUCGUGAAGCUCUGCUUGACUUGUUUUGUUUCCUACUCUGUGUGGCUGCUAUUGUUGGACUUUGUCUCAUUGGAGACCUGUGUACCAAUCUGUGCUGCAUCUCUUGCCGCGCAAGGUCUUGUAUGGAAUCUUGGAAUCAUUUUGGUGGAACGGAUUCGGUUCUGUGGCAUAUCGCGAGGAAGCUACAACCCUUUGUUGCCUGGUUUUCACUAUGUCUACAGAACGAUGACGAGGACCUUUCAGGAAUGGUCCUUUCUCAAGUUAACAUAUGGGAGUCCAAUCUUCAAUGUUGUGGCGUCGAUGAUGGGCACAACCUACGAAGGACGGUCACUCUAUUUCGGCGACAACUUGUACGACUUUCGUCUGGCUACAAUCGCUGAUAGAACUGUGUUGGAUGGGACCACGGUGGCCGGACACAACAUCACAUAUGGUAAUAUCAAAUAUGGCCCCUCCAACGUUGCCGGUCUUGUCCACGACAAGAGCUUCAUUAUGGCCAACAAUGCAUACGAGUGCUCCAAGGAAGAGACGGGUCCUUGGGAGGCGGUUGUGGAAGUCCCCGAUGCUGAAGAAGUCACAAGGAUAUCUUCAGGAAGGAUUUCUAUACUGCCUCGAGGGCGGGUCCUCGAUGAUAUAGAAGACAUUGAGGCGUCUCUGCUUUAG